AUGACAUCCACCAGUGCUGUAGCGCUGCAGCACUCCCUCGAGUCUCUCAACAAACUCACACAUGACCUCGAUCUCCUGCAAGACCUCGACGAUCAGCUGAUCUGUCAAUGGGAACAGCUCGAGAAAUCGUUCAUCGAUGCCAAUGCCGAAAACGACGACAAUAAUGACGAUGGCCAUGUUCCCCAGCAACAAAAACAACAACAACAACAAGAGCAGGUGCAGCAAAGACGGUUACCGCACUUCCAGCUUUGGGCCUUCCUCUACGUUUCUCCCUCUGUCUUGGCCAGGGUCUGCAAGCUUCUUUUUGACGACGCAAACACAGGGGACCCUCACACCAGUGCUGCUCGCCGCAUCCGCUCCACGCUGAAGGCUGUGGCAAGUUCAUUCAGUCUCGACCCGGCCGUGCUGUACUUCUUGUUCGGCACUGACGUCGUAUUGAACCUCACGUUCGUCGAAGCAUUACGAAAUCUCCGCAAAGCCUUCCCGCAUGUCUCAAUGGAACAAGUGUUGACCCGUUUUCACGUGGCCAAGUCUACAUCACACGACGACCUUCUCCCAAGCGAAAAUAUCGACAAGGCACCUGUGAAUAAAGGUGGGCGAAAGUACGAGUCGGUGGCUAGGCAAAGUCUUCGGGUGGCCCUUGAGUCCUAUGACGCCAACAUUUGGCCAAAGAGAAAGCUCGCGAAGACGCCAAACGCCGGGGACGCAGCCUACCGCGGCGCAUCCAUCAAUCAGGUGCCCAAGACUCCAGACAGGCCCAACCCCAACCCCAACCCCAGAGAGAAUGAGCCCGCCAUUCAGCAAGAGGUGCCCAACGAUGCGAACAAGUAUCAGGUCAGUGCAGAUCAAGGUGUUGAAACCAACAUGCUCGAAUCAGACGCCGAUGUCUUGGGUCCCAACACCGGCGAGCCCUACGACCAAUCGUCUUUCUCUGGAGAGUCGGACGACGAGGUCAUCACAUCGCCGCCGUUUCACCACCCCAAGGUCAACAGACGAUCCCUGAGCCGGGCUCCAAGUCUCAGUAGUAUUGAAGAGAUCACCGAAAUGGAAAACGAUGCCCCCGACACGGAGCAAGGCCGAGGAGACACCAACCCGUCGCUCAAUAGCCGGCUUCUCAUGUUCCCUUUCUCACCAGACGUGCUUAAAGCCGACAACACCCGUUCGUCGCCGUGCGUCAAACGACUCCCAGACCACAUUAUCACCAACAGGCGCCGCCGUUGGUCUGGCUCACCCGACGCAGUCGAAGACGCCGACACUUCGACGAAGCGGUGUAGGCUAGAAAGUGCCAGCACACAUGCAGACGAGUCUUUCCAGUUCCAGUUUGCCCUCUCUUCCCUGGCUCGAGAGUCGGACCAAAAGCAUUCAGCCUCCCCUCCGAUCAUCGUUAACUCUCAUCCAGCUGCAACUAGUUUUCCUGCCAUUGCUGAUCCUUCUUCCCCGCGUCUUGGUCCUGGCGACAAUCAUCCUCCAAAGUUGGCGCCCGAAACCAAGCGACUCCCGCGUCGAAAUCUCGCAGAUCUGCUCGACUGCCAGCGCCGAUUUCUACCUGGCAAGUGGUUCAAUGAUUCCAUCAUCAACACCACUACCUACACCUUGCAAAGUGAUACGGUUAGCAUCCUCGAGACAAGCGUUCUGGCAAGCUCCUUGCUGCAGCCGGUACACGACGCGAACCAAAGUCAUUGGGUUUUGUAUCGAUAUCUCCCCGGCCCCCGCUUGCUGCAUGUGUACGACUCGCUUGGAAACGAAAGUACAAAGUCUGAUAUUACGGUUCACAAUGUCGUGCCAUUUCUGAAGUGGUUGUAUAAGUUCGAUGCUGCACCAAGCAUCAGCACGAUCAAGGGUCCCAUCCAGCCAAAUUCCACUGACUGCGGCGUCUACGUCUUGGCUGCUACCGCUAUCAUCGCCCGCAACGAUGCUACUUCAUGCGAAGCCGACCCAUGCCUACCCGACGCGUUUGACGAUGCGUUCGUCCGCAUGUACUUGCGCAGCAGGUUUCUUACAACGAGCCCAAGCGAGCCACUCGCCGAUGGGCGGGGAGCUGGCCGACUUCGCCGCAUACCGAGCCAGCUUGGAAAGGUCUCCAACCGGCUCAAUAAUAAAAUCUGCAUCAAGACUUUGUUUGUCAUCUUUUAUCGUGAUAGUCAUGUCGGAGUUUCGAAACGAGCUGUCACGUUUCAUUGGCAUAGAGUAAAUGUCCCUCGCACAGGCCUUGACGCCCUCGUCGACGGCUCUACCAUUGUAUCGUACCUCUCGAAGCGGAAACCUGGCCAUGACUUCGAACUCAAAUGCGGCUGCACGGAUGAGCCAAACUUCUGCAGGCACCGGCUUCUCUUUCGAAUCCGUGGUACAGCGGCCCUGAAGCAGGCUGACCAGGUGCUCGGGUUGAUCCCGAGCCUCGCCGUAGCUCUGGGAUUACUUGACCAGAGUGUAGAACUGGUUCCAGUCCAGAGGCGCGCGGUCGUUAUGGUCUGGACCGAAGCGAACGCUGAUGGUGAAGACCCAAAAAUGCAGGUGCGCCGUGCCAGCGACGGGAAGGCCGUGAAGAUCGACGUCGGCGGAGAGCUCGGCACUGAUUUGCUUGCUGAACCAGCCCCAGCCAAUGCGUGUCGAGGCGAAAACGUUGACACCCACGGUGACCUGGGAUUGGAAAGGGUCGUAGAACAUGAGGAAGUUGGCUUAGGCGCUGAACGAGGCCCGCGUGUCCCCGGAUUGGUACAGCAGAUCAAGCCUACCGCCGCCCACAAUGGCCUGGGGUGUGAUGGCGAAGUAAGCCUCGCCUGUGAUACUGAUAUCGCUGUCAAAUGA